UUCUUUUCGUCGGCAUCUCAGAGUGCGGAUCGUCAUUGAACGCUUGGACUUCCUCUCCACGUGGUCCAUGCGCGUGAGCUUCAAUUCACUUCACAUGUCCGCAACUGACUCGAUUGAAUUCGCAACACGGCCUAGGAAACCCCCAGCGCAUCUCAUGGUAGUUGAUAGCUCCCUCUAUCUUUUCUAGAGGAUGCCUCGCCGGUAGUCCACCCCUCACCCUCUAUUCCCAUGCGCGGCAUUCUUCCUGGUCGUCCGCAGGCGAAGCUGCAGGCUGUCUCCCAUGGACUUUGGGAAGGCCAUGAGAUUGUCGCCUAUAUCUCCGGCAAUUCCCUCGUCGUCCUCAACCGCCCGAACCACGUCCUCCAAACAAUAUACAUCGACGAAGAGUCCGAACUUGAAGCUGUUGCCUUCGACCCAGACACCGGCAAGCUCGCUACAUGCUCGGCGCAAUGCAUAUACAUAUAUCAGCCUUACGGGCAAGACGAGAGCGCCGUCAAGUGGUCGUUACAGGGCAGCAUGUGCCUGCCUACCCCGGACGAUGCGAUAUCAACUCUUUCGUGGGGCAUGGCAGAUGAAUUGCUCGUAGGAAGCGCGUCUCUCACACUUCUCAAUACGCAUGGCGCGACAGAGCAGAUCUGGACAAAGCAGCUGGCGAAUCCCGUUAAAUUUGCGCAGUUCUCGCCUGAUGCGGAGAUGAUAGCUUCAACCGGUACAUGUGACAGACUGUUAAAGAUAUGGCGGCGACUAGCAUUUGGCUCCGCUGACCAAAGCUUCGAUUAUUCCUACCUUCCUCAUCCAAUGCCAAUCACGGGCAUACAUUGGCGUCAACCGUACCACAAAGACCUGUCAGCAGACAAUGUGCUAUACACAAUCUGUGCGGACAACAAGGUGCGAGUUUGGGUGGCAGGAGAAGGGCAUGGGUUGGCUGGGCUUAACUUGUGGGGUGAGGUGGAUUUGAUUGAGUCAAUCAAGCCCCGGUCAAUACCUUUGGACCAGCAGUCACGAAAGAGGUAUGCCUUCUUCAUCGAUGGCAAGUAUUUUACGCAUGCGACGGAGAGAGCUGUGCAGCAGGCAACGAACGAAGAGAAGGAUCAAGUGGCCCUCAACCAUCUCAUUGCUGUCGCCAAUCGCAACCCAGAGAUCUGCGUUGUGUUGGACGAUCGAGGCAACAUGUCUGCUUGGGGCUUUGAGAAUAUAGGCGCUAAGAUCAAGAGGACGUCAGAUGUGUUUAAUAUUGCGCAUGUUGAUGGAUUGCAUUUUCAUUUCGCCAAAGGCGCCAGCUGGCUACAGGAUAAUGUUCAAUUCUAUGCCUUCUGCGGCGACACACCGGGUUCUGUCUUCACAAUACUCUCGCAUCAUUUUGACGGGCGAGUAGAGUGGCUAGAGUCUCGAAUGGACUAUCUCUUCGAUCCUUCUCCUCAAUCCCAACGAAUACAACGUAAAACGGUCUGGACGGGACAUUCGCACGCUAUCAAAAAGGUUAACCGUACGGCGAGUGGGAGGGCUCUAGUGUCAAGGACUGUGACAGAUGAAUGUAUUGUGUGGGUCCAAAGAGCCACUGAACUAGGGAUGACACUCCACCGCCACAGUACAGUUAAUGUCACAGAACAUAUCCAUCGAACAUGGCUGCUCCAUGAAGGCGACUUUGUCGUCUUUCUACACCACGAGCACAUCUCACUUUGGGAUACCCGAGGACCAAUGGCUUUCGAAAUUGCCCGAUGUGCCUACCAGAUCCGGGGCAAGCCUCUUUGUCUUAUCCUCAUACCUGAGACUGAAACUGGGGGCAGGGUUACUCAUAUUGCGACAAUCAGCUCUGAGAUGAAAGGUGUCUCUUGGGAACUUCGGCUUCCUCCCCAAGACAGAGACCCAGUAACUGGCCGCAAGCUUUCUAGCAUCGCACCUUACACCAAUGGUGUGUACACGAACGGGCAUCCGGAGAUAUCAAUGGAACAAUUCGACAUCUUCGAUCUUGGAUCCGGAGACGACCUCGCCUUUGUGCUUCCUGUCGAUCCUGCUGGUACAGCUCCUGUCAUCUCGGGCUUUCUCGACACUUUCGCUCGCGACAUUGCUAUUUCAUACACGAAGUCUGGAGUGAUAAGAUCAUGGACGGCACGGGUGAACCAAGAGAAAAGAAAACUGGAAUGGCUUGAAACGUCGACUGUUGAAACUGGUGUUCGGAACCCCUCCCUCGCGAGCGGGACGUCGAUAAGGAAGGCCGCAUUGACAGAUGCGGAGAAGACAACGUUGACAAUUUGGAAUAUGAGAAGCGAACAGCUGGAGUAUGAGGAGAAGUUUGAAGGAAACGGUAUCAUUCAGGAUCUUGAUUGGUCUUCCACCCCUGAUAACCAGUCCAUCCUCGCAGUCGGCUUCCCGCAUCGCGUCGUCAUAUACGCUCAGCUUCGAUACGACUAUCUAAACGCUGGACCCUCAUGGGUAAAAAUUAGAGAUGUGCGGAUCAGGGACAUAACCCCACAUCCUAUAGGAGACUCGGUAUGGCUUGGGAGUGGCAACCUCGUUAUUGGCGCCGGGAACCAACUCUUCAUCCAAGAUGAGCACGUUGAGGUAUCUGAAGGCCUGUUUCCAAGCCUACGCAUGAUAUCUCGCAAAACAGCGGCUCUCGACAUUUUUACAGCCGUCAGCCGCCUCAAUGGUCCUUUGCCGGUUUAUCACCCCCAACUCCUCUCGCAAUGCGUGCUAGCAGGGAAGCUGCUUCUUGUUCAACGCAUUCUAAUACGACUAUAUCAGAAGUUGAAGUUCUUCGUCGAAGGCGAUCAGCUGGAUAGCUUCCUCGGUUUCUUGCCGGAAGAUUUCUCCGAAACUGCAGAGUCUCACAUGACGGCGUCUAGAAAGGAGAUGCAUUCAUCUUACGCCGACUUCUCUGACGAUGGCGAGCCGGAUUCUUUAACAGAGGAGGUCGCUGUCAACCUUAAUGAAUAUCUAACACGAGCGCAAAUCCCCUUGCUAUCGAGCCGGGAGCAGUUCCAUCUUGCAGACAUAGUUGAAUGUGUGGGCAUGGUAGAGAAGCAUCGGCGUUCAAUCGAUGAUAACGCAGGGCGAUUUUUACUCUUCUUCCGACAGCACGCUUUGCGGGAUGGGCAACACUCUUCCGAGCAGGUGCCUAUUUCCUGGCGGGAGAUAACCUGGGCUUUCCACUCUGGAAGUCAAGACAUUCUAGUCGACCUUGUUUCACGACACUUCAAUGGUCGAAUUCUUUGGCAACAUGCGAAAGAGUGCGGGAUCUUCAUGUGGAUGACCGAUAUCACCGCUCUUCGAGCGCAAUUCGAAGUCAUCGCUCGGAACGAAUACACGAAAACAGAGGAGAAGAAUCCAGUUCACUGUAGCCUCUUCUACCUCGCGCUCAGGAAGAAGGCUGUGUUAGUAGGGUUGUGGAGAAUGGCUGGAUGGAUCAAAGAGCAAGCCGCCACGCAGCGUUUGCUUUCGAACAAUUUCCAAGAGGAGAGGUGGAAGACUGCAGCAUUAAAGAAUGCCUACGCGCUCAUGGGGAGGCGUAGAUUUGAAUACGCUGCAGCUUUCUUCCUUCUGGCCGACCACCUCCAAGACGCCGUCUCUGUCCUCCACAAUCAACUCGGCGAUGUCCAACUUGCGAUCGCUACAGCCCGGGUCUACGAAGGUGAUGAUGGCCCCAUCCUCCGCAGUUUCUUAAAAGACAAAAUCCUCCCGCAAGCCGCUCGAGAAGGCAAUCGAUGGCUCGCUACGUGGGCAUACUGGAUGCUGAAUAGGCGGGAUAAUGCAGUUCGCUCACUGGUCACACCACUCUCUACCCUUCUGUCGCCACCAGAGACACCGAACUUCUCCAGUAAGCUGUUUCUGACAGAUGAUCCAGCGCUUGUAGUGCUGUAUAAGCAGCUGCGCGAGAAGAGCUUGCAAACACUAAGAGGGGCUGUCAUGGUGAGCCCGAGAGACGAGUGGGAGUUCGUCUUGCAUACAGCGAAUCUAUACGAGAGGAUGGGGUGUGAUCUGUUAGCUCUUGACUUGGUCAGAACCUGGGAAUUCCUUACUCCCCCAAGCAUAAACCUCAUACCCAACCGCCCUCCGCUCUCUCCCGCCAUCCCUCGCGAAUCCUUCCACGCCCACGGCCCCAACCAAUCUGCCACUGACUUCGAUUUCGAUCCCCGCAAACUACUACGUAGGAGAAGUUCGCUCGUCGUCGCCGACCUGCCGACCCGCGAACAUAUCAGGAGCGCAUUUCCCCAGCGACCCGGAAACACAGUGCCAGAGGAAAGCAGCUCAGAGGAGGAGAGUGAGGAUGAGAGGUCGAACGAUAAGAAGUUCGACGAGAAGAAGAAACCACCGCCUACGCAAUUCCAGGAACCUGAUGCAAAUAGCUUGUUAGACUCUUUUGGGUUUUAGAUAAAGCUGGUUUGGGAAGGUCGAAAGGGCUGAGAUAUGUAUGCUCUAUGUAUAGGACUGUAGCUUGGAGGUAUUGAAUAGCGAGGGAUCCCGCGUGGGAUUUGAGAUUUGGUGCAUGGCAUGGCGUUGAAGGCCCUAGUCGGUAACUAUUAAUGUAAUC